AUGAAAAAACAUAAAUCCGUUUCACCUGAAGAAAACAUUCUCAUUAAAAUUCAAGACACAUUCAAAGUACAAAAUCAACAUAUUUUAAGGCAUAUAAACGAUGAAGAUGCAAGUAUAGAUUUAUCUGAAUUAUCGAAAUUAACAAUUAAUCCAGACGGAAUCUUAAAUAGCAAACAACCAGCUUACCUCAAUUUGAUUACGAAAUUUAAAGGAUAUGCAUUUGAUAAUAAUGACAUUAAGAAUGCUUCUGAACAAGUAUUCACGAUUAACAUUGACAAGGUUGAAUCAAAAACUCAAAUAAAUAAUGUUAUUGAAAAAGUGGAAAAAUGUGAAAGCAAAUUAGAAGCUUUAUUCAAACGAAAUCUUAUGUCUUGUAAAAAUAUUUCAAACAUUUUGCCUUGUCUUUCUGUUUCUCUUGGAGUACCACUACAUUCUUCCUAUGAAAUUCUUGAUCGUAUAACAACCACAGAAUGUUCAUAUAGAAUAUGGGAAAAAGAAGAAAUCACCAUUUCAAAACAAAACAUUAAUCCUACAAAUGCUUUUAUCGAAGAAGUCAAAGGCGCGUUAAAAUGUGAGGAUAAAGAAUCACAACUUCGUAUGAUAGCAAAAAAAUACGGUACUUUUUACGCACGUCGUCUUGUUUUUGGUGGGGCUGUAAUUAAAGAGACAUCUAUUAAAGGAAUCAUAAUUCGAAUCAUUGGUGGAAUUAAAGAAUACAAUGGUUUUUCUUUAAGAUCUUGGAUUAACUCUCUUGACAAUCGUGAUGUUUGGGAUAUUAUUGAGUAUGAUGAAAUCUAUUCAAUUUUUGAUUUAUUGGAUGAUAAUUUACAAAAAGAAAUCUUUGAUAUUCUAGCAGGCAUCCAUGAUAUUCCACCAUAUUGGGAUUUUUCAAAGAAUGCAUCAUAUGUUCAUUUACUAGCCACACAAUUUACAGACCUAGAUAAACUCACAAAGAUUAAUAAUUGUUAUAUCUUUGCUUCAAUUAUAAACAAGAGUGAUAGAGACAGGUUUUCUUUACAAAUAGGUUAUAUGAAUGAGCAUAUUCCUUUGAUCAUAAUUCACCUUAAAAAGCCUUUACAUAAAAAUCAUAAAAGUUCUCAAAUAAGAGUUGGAUGGAUCAUUGUUGGUCAGCCUAUUAAUUUUGACUUUGAUCAAAUAAAUUAUCCUGUAUUACUUGAAAGUGGUGAUUCUUCUACCUUUAAAAUAGAAUUUUCCAAAGAUGAAGAAUUGAAUACAUGCGUGCUUGGGAUACCAGAAAUUAAUUCUAAAUACUUAACGGACCUUUCUGUUUAUGAUAUAAAAGAUAUAAAUCAAUUGGUGGAUGAUAAAAAAGUUCUGCAGAGAACAGCUUUAUUCAGCUAG